UUUUGUUUUGAUUGACCUUUAUAAUUGCAAAGCUGAGCGCCCAUCGUUUGCAAAUGUCUUCUAUUUUGUGGAUUGUCUUCAUAUUUACUGUUGUGUGUCCAGGUUUGCCAAAGUGCAAUGUUGUGGAAAAUUCUGUAUCUGUUGGCUUGCAAGAUCUGACGAAUGCUCUUGAACGACUUUUAUAUUUCUUAGAUGAGCAGCACCGUGAUCUGAACGUGGACUGUAUUUUCUGUCUAAGGAUUGUGGAAGGUCAGCUUGGAUCUAUAGAUAAGAAUUAUGCAGAAGGCAAGCUGCCACAUGUUCAUAACACUGUAAUCAGCUCCCUAAAUAACUUGCAGCAAAAAACUGCCGUCAUCAACCUCAAAGCACUUAGUCAUACGCUCAAUAAAGACCCUGUGUACACGAUAGCAUUUCUACGACUUAUUGACACUCCGUUUGAAAUUGAACAUCACCCGAGGCAAGUUGUCCGACCAGGAUUGACAUCAAAGCAACAAGGAUUGUCAGAUGAAGAUACUUUUGAUGAGGAAUUCAGUGACAAAUGUUUAUCAGAUAUGCUAGGUUCAAAAUUGAUUGUGCCGUGUACUUUAUCUAAUGAAUGUUGGCGUUUCAUCACAACGGCCGAUUCCGAAGGCUACACAGCAACGCACCAAGUGCUCUUCUUCAUGAUUGCGGAGAAGACAGGUUGUCUGCAAAAACUGGAGGAGAAAGCAGAACAAAAUGGACAGGAUAGCAUUAAUAAGUUUUACGAGAAAAUUUGUUCCAACAUUUAUUAUCUGGCUAAGAGAUUUGCAGAUAAUGAUAUUUUUCCAGAUGAAGAUAAAGAUUUAUUCAUGGAACAAAUCGCCAUCUGUGCUGCAGCAGGUUUUUCUCAGUUUCUGAACCCUGAUUGGCUACAACUUAUAUUGUCAUGGCAGUUUGAAAAUGGUUGCUUUGGAGAAGUUGAUGAAAGUUCAAGAGAUGAGGAAAAAAUUAGAGACAGUGAUGAAUACAGAAAGAUGGGAGAUGGAAUCUUCGGAGCCAAUAUGAUUAAAGGGAGGCCUAACUUUGAUGAACAAUUUGUAAAACGAUUUAAUAAUGGGAACAUUAGAAGGGGAGUGAAGCCUGCUGACAUUACAGCCAAAUACAAUGGAAGAAAAUUGUUGAGGGAGAAAAUUUUACCAGAUACAGGUGGCUGUCUGUCCCACAUGUCAGGUAUUGCUGCCGCCUGUCUUGUCAUGUUUUUCCGUCACUUUCUUGAAGAUGACUACUACACGGCACAACUUCUUUCUAGAAAUGCAAACAUUCAAGUGGAUCUUGAAGGAAGGGUGAUUCAUUUUAAUCAGGGAGAUAGAAUAGAUAUUAAUCAACACAUCCCAAUGACCAUAGACCAUGUAAAAACAGAUGAGAAGCUGUUAGCGGUCGGUAACGUUCUACCCCUUCAAAGUAUCUUCAUUAUUUUGGCCAUUAUCUUGGCUUUAGGCCUCAUAAGAUGUAUGAGGAGGGGGUAUGUUAGAAAUUGUCUGAAAAGAUAUUUUUGAGGAUACAAAUACAGUUGUAGUAUAUCUGGACAAACACUGAGAGGAGCUAUAGCCUUUUGGUUAAGGUGUUUGCCUUCCAAUCCCAGGGUUCCGGGUUCAUAAUACAGUAAUUAUAAUAAUUCUGGAUUUGUAUAGCACCUGCAAUGUUGAUGGAGUGGAGCUGUAACUUGGUGGAUAAGAUGCUUGCCUUCCAAUCACAGGGUCUUGGGUUCAAUUCCCAUCAGUGGUAUAUCUUAGAGUGCAUGGGGGAUCACGACCCCAAAAACACUUGGGCCCCCACUCGCACCCCCGCCCCAAAAAGAUCACACUCAAGUAAUUAAAAAUCACCACAAAUCACCUUUUUAUGAGAUAGUUCCCCUCACCUAAUUGUUUAGACCCACUUCACUAUCACUGUACAUCCCCCACAUUCUAAGACUCAUAGAUACACCUGAUUUCCAUCAAGUGAUGGGAUUUUUUCUCAUGGCCAAAAACAACUCCACCCCUCAGCCUCAUAAUGAGACCUAGUUUAUGAAGAGCAUC